AUGGCGACUCAUGUGCGAAGAAAAGCUAUUAGUAUAGAUAAAAACGAAAAAAAACGUGAGCAUGAAGCUAACAGUCCUGAGGUUGUUACACCUAUUCCUGUUAGACCGGCUAUAUCUCAAUUAAUUACUGUUCGACCAAGAGUUUCACCUCGUAAUGUUCGUAGUUUUGCAAAAGUAAAAAAACUUAGAUUUGACAAGCCUGACAAUAUUUCACCCAAUGAUGAUAACUGUCAUUCCGUAGUCAAGAACUGUUCUCCUGUGUUCAAUAACAGUCAGCACGUAGAAAGAAGCAAUAUCAAUCUUCCAACUAUUAAUAGAAAUACUCUCGUCACUCACUUGGAUACAGAGGAUUCGAUUGCAAAGUUUAAUGAAACAAGUUCCGCUCGAGAAAUAACUCGAGUAACAUUAACAAGCUUUGUUAAAGUUGGUGGAAACAAAGAGGUAUCGCUGAAUACAUCUAUGAUACAAAGUAACAAUCCUCAGACUACACAUGAUAUUAUUACACAUGAUGCUACACAUGAUACUACACAUGAUACAACUGAUAACAACAUCACGGAUAACAUCACGGUUACCAAAAUCAAUGCCACAAUCAAAAAUAAUGACGACUCCGCAUUGAAUAUAAACGAGACCAAAGAUAAAAGUAAACCACCAAAGAAUAAACAUGAUACGCAAAGUAAAGAGAAGAAUGGAAGUGAAUCUUCAUUAAAUGUCAAAAAUGAUAAAAAACAAUUUCCUUGUCCAGCGUGCAAAAGAAGUUUCUCUCGCAAAUUCAACAUGCAAUCCCAUCUCAAGACACAUGAUACUGACCGUGUAAAACCAUAUGCAUGUACUUACGAGUCAUGCAAUCUUCGUUUCACAAGAAAACAUGAUCUCAAACGUCAUAUUAAUGGUAUUCAUAACGAACAAAAAGAAUUUUUAUGUCCUCAUUGUAAUAAAAACUUUUCUAGAAAGGAUGCGUGGAAGAGGCAUGAAUUGACUUGUGGUUCCGAAGAAACAAAAGAUGUUGGAAAAAGGAAGCAUAUUACAAAACCAUUACCUCAAUUAUUACCUACUCCAUUCACUAACCAAUUGGAUAAUUCUCCAUCUAUAAUUAAACGUAGAGGACGUCCAAGAAAAUUAGUAAUUAAUAAUGACACUGAUUUAAUUGUUCCUAUAAAAGAUGUUACAACUGAAUUUAAAGUUGGAAAAAAAGGAAGACCAAGAAAAAUACUCAAGAUUGAAACCCCAUUGAUUGAAUCUACAGAAGAAACUAAGGUCGAAAAAAGCGCCGGUCGUAUGGAUGGAGUUAUUUCUAAUCAUACGAGUGAACUUUCACUUACAGAAACUCGAUCAACAGAGGCGUCAGUUGAUAAUCAAUUAGUAAAAUCCAAUCCCGCGUCUACUGCUGAUGUAUCACCUAUCAGUCAUCCUAAUAGUAUGAUCACUGAAGUUAGAAAAGAAACAAAUGGUUCGAUUGAUUCGAUUGAUUCUUUUAACAAAGAAAGCGAUUCGAUUUCUUUUAAAUACCAUGAUACUUCUUCGACCAUUUCUUCUAUUAACGAAGUAGACUACGCAAUGUCCGAAGAAAUGACUGAAGAAGCAUUCGGUGAAUUGUACGAAGAAACUUUUGGAGAAAAAGCAAAAGUAUCGAAGGAAGGAUACUAA